AUGGGGGAGGCACCGAGCUGGCAGCACAUGUGGGGGGCCAAGGUCAAGAUGCCUUGUGACAUGGAGGACGACGUGCUGGAGGACGCCAUCAAGCACGUCACGUCGCGGCUGGCCAAGUACGACACGGAGGAGUGGGAGAAGAACGGCCUGGCGGUGUGCGAGGAGAUCAAAGCCCACUUGGACGAGGCGUGGGACCCGCACUGGGUCGUGUGCAUCGGCCGCAACUUCGGCUCGUUCGUGACGCACGUGACGAGGAACUUCGUCUUCUUCUACUACAACGAGAAAGCAGUCAUGAUAUACAAGGCAGGCUAGGCGCAAUAUAGCGUAGCGAUGCGGCCAAGCAAGUAAGUACACGUAUUUCUCUCG